UCGUUCACAGAAACACUCAUGGACACAAAGUGGGCCACGACGGAAUUAGCCUGGACUGCUCACCCUGAGACCGGGUGGGAAGAGGUGAGCGGGUAUGACGACGCCAUGAACCCCAUCAGGACUUACCAAGUCUGCAAUGUCCGCGAGCUGAACCAGAACAACUGGCUCCGCAGCGACUUCAUCCCCAGGAAGGAUGUCCUCCGUGUGUACGUGGAGAUGAAAUUCACCGUACGAGACUGCAACAGCAUUCCAAACAUCCCCGGAUCCUGCAAAGAGACCUUCAACCUGUUCUACUACGAGUCCGACUCGGACUCGGCCACGGCCACCAGUCCCUUCUGGAUGGAGAACCCUUACGUGAAGGUGGACACUAUCGCCCCGGACGAGAGCUUUUCCAUGCUGGAGUCCGGACGGGUGAACACUAAAGUCAGAAGUUUCGGGCCCUUGUCCAAAGCGGGGUUCUACCUGGCCUUCCAGGACCUCGGUGCUUGCAUGUCCCUCAUCUCAGUGAGGGUCUUUUAUAAGAAGUGCUCUACCACCAUUGCCAACUUUGCCGUGUUCCCGGAGACCGCCACCGGAGCCGAGGCGACGUCCUUAGUAAUCGCUCCGGGAACUUGCGUCCCCAACGCUCUGGAGGUGUCCGUGCCGCUGAAGCUUUACUGCAACGGAGACGGCGAGUGGAUGGUUCCUGUGGGAGCCUGCACCUGCUCGGCUGGGUUUGAAACAGCCAUGAAGGAUACUCAGUGCCAAGCCUGCAGCCCGGGCACCUUCAAGUCCAAACAGGGGGACGGUUUCUGCCUUCCAUGUCCAGCUAACAGCCGAGCCAGCUCAGGAGCGUCCAGCGUCUGCUCCUGUCGGAACGGUUACUACCGCUCGGACACUGAUUCUCCAGACUCUCCCUGCACCACCGUCCCCUCCCAACCACGCAGCGUGAUCUCCAUCGUGAACGAGACCUCGCUGGUGCUGGAGUGGAGCGAGCCUCGGGACCUGGGCGGCCGUGAAGACACCUUCUACAACGUCAUCUGUAAGAAGUGUCUGCCCGAGAGGGGGAUGUGCUCUCGGUGCGACGACAACGUGGACAUCUCGCCGCGCCACCUCGGCCUGACGCAGCGCAGAGUGGCCGUCCGUAACCUGCAAGCUCACACGCAGUACAGCUUCGAGAUCCAGGCGGUCAACGGGGUUUCCAACAAGAGCCCGUACACGCCCCAGUUCUCCACCGUGAACAUCACCACCAAUCAGGCCGCGCCGUCCGCAGUGCCCACGGUCCACCUGAUGGCGGCCACGGCGAGCACCAUGAGUCUGUCCUGGCUGCCUCCAGAGAAACCCAACGGCAUCAUUCUGGAUUAUGAGAUUAAAUACCACGAGAAGGUAAGCAGCAAUGAUCAGGGCGAGGCCAUCGCUCACACCAUGACGGCCCAGCGGAGCACCGCCCGCAUCGAAGGUCUGAAGGCCGGCGUGCCGUACGUGGUGCAGGUCCGAGCACGGACAGUGGCCGGAUACGGACGUUACAGCAGCCCGGCGGACUUCAGCACCAACCUGCAAGCCGACUCUCCAAAGUCGUGGCAGGAGCAGCUUCCUCUCAUCGUGGGAACGGCCACCACCAUCUUGGUCUUCAUCAUUGCAGUUGUGGUCAUCGCCAUCGUCUGCCUCAGAAAGCAGAGAAACGGCUCCGAGUCAGAGUACACAGAGAAGCUGCAGCAGUACAAAUCCCCCAUAGUCACGCCGGGAAUGAAGGUCUACAUUGACCCCUUCACCUACGAGGACCCCAACGAGGCGGUGCGCGAGUUCGCCAAGGAGAUCGACGUGUCCUGCGUGAAGAUCGAGGAGGUCAUUGGCGCAGGUAACCCACCCAAGCUCCUGAGCUACAGGGGGAAGGCUGCUAGUCACCUCCAGGCCAUACCGUUAGAGGACUUCACACCAAGCGGAGAGUUCGGUGAGGUGUGCCGCGGUCGCCUCAAGCUGCCCGGGCGCAGGGAGAUCAUUGUAGCCAUCAAGACUCUGAAGGUGGGCUACACUGACCGUCAGAGGCGGGACUUCCUGUCUGAGGCGUCCAUCAUGGGCCAGUUCGACCACCCCAACAUUAUCCGUCUGGAAGGCGUGGUCACCAAGAGCCGGCCGGUGAUGAUCGUGACUGAGUUCAUGGAGAACGGAGCGCUGGACUCGUUUCUAAGGCUCAACGACGGGCAGUUCACAGUGAUCCAGCUGGUUGGCAUGCUGCGGGGUAUUGCAGCGGGCAUGAAGUACCUGUCGGACAUGAACUACGUGCACAGAGACCUGGCCGCCCGGAACAUCCUGGUCAACAGUAAUCUGGUGUGUAAGGUGUCGGACUUCGGCCUGUCCCGCUUCCUGGAGGACGACGCCACGGACCCCACGUACACCAGCUCCCUGGGCGGCAAGAUCCCCAUCCGCUGGACGGCGCCCGAGGCCAUCGCCUACAGGAAGUUCACCUCUGCCAGCGACGUGUGGAGCUACGGCAUCGUCAUGUGGGAGGUGAUGUCGUACGGCGAGCGGCCGUACUGGGACAUGAGCAAUCAAGAUGUGAUAAACGCCGUGGAGCAGGACUACCGACUGCCCCCACCCAUGGACUGCCCCACUGCGCUGCACCAGCUCAUGUUGGACUGCUGGGUGAAGGAGAGGAACCUGCGACCCAAAUUCACUCAGAUCGUAGCCACGCUGGAUAAACUCAUCCGCAAUGCCGCCAGCCUGAAGGUGGUCACCAACAGCGCACAGUCCACCGGGGUUUCCCAGCCCUUGCUUGACCGCUGUGUGCCAGACUAUACCACUUUCACCACUGUGGGGGACUGGCUGGACGCCAUCAAGAUGAGCCGCUACCGUGACAACUUCGUCAACGCCGGAUUCGCUUCGUUUGACCUGGUGGCCCAAAUGACAGCAGAAGACCUGCUGCGGAUAGGGGUGACGUUGGCCGGCCAUCAGAAGAAGAUUCUUGGUAGCAUUCAGGACAUGAGACUACAGAUGAACCAAACACUUCCUGUCCAGGUGUGAGCGGCUGGACACACACACACACAGCGAUGCCGUCAAAGAAGGACAGCAAGACAGGAAACGGGGGGCGAGGAACUGUGCCAGAGAGAGCCAUUGGAAAACCCUAGCUGCCUGACCCAACUCUGCCAAUUAGACGCUUUGAAACUGGCUUGCAGUGCCUCUGACUUUGUUUUUCUUUACGUCACGACGCUUCCAUUUCCUGGUCCUGCUUUUUUUGUAGUUCAUCUUCGUUCCUUUGACCAUCCAAUCAGAUUUCGUGUGUUUUUGGAAGAGGAAGAGGAGUUAACCCCCCCCCCCGCCCCGUGUAUCCCAUGCGUGCCUCACCAGCUCUGGUGUGGGUGACGUUUGCAUGCAUGUGUGUUUUUAGUGAGGUUGGCCAUAGCCCUGUAACUGAAGUGUCACACUCUGCUCCUCCUCCUCCACCUCUCUCCACCUCCUCUCCGCCCGGCUCUGACGGACAGACUAAAGAACGGACUCCAAGUAAACGUGGAAAACAAACAAACAAAAUAAGAGACUGAGGUGUUUUGGACGAUUCUUCCCUGAUAUGUUACCGUGCACACGCGUGUUGUUCUUCAUCUUCAUAUUGAAGGUGUGUUAUCUACGAGGGCACUUGCUGGAGGAGGGUGGAGGAGGAGGAGGAAGAAGGACUGGCUGAGGCCAAAAGGUUGAGAAGAUGACGGAGGUCUGGAGGGUCGGAGGAGAGCAGCCACAUUUUUGGACGCUUGUUUUGGCUGCAGGAUGCUCUGACCUCUGACCCCUGACCCCUGACCCAGGAGGGUUCCUCAGCUUUGGAUCACCUGCUCAUCACCUGUUUUCUUCCCGUUGGUUCACACCCCCCCUUCCUUUCUUUUCUGGGCUUUCUUUCGUUCACACUUUGGGAGAUUGAGACCGGCCGGUGGACCCCCGAGACCUCCCACUGGACACUCUGCGUGAUGAAGUGGAGCCGAGGACCGCGGAGACCCUUGGAGAAAGACCACUUGGCCUUUUUGUGUGUGUUUUUUUGUACGUGUGUGCGGGCGUGUGUGAGUGUGUGCGUGGUUCAGCGUGCUUGGAUGUGCGGAUGUGAGUAUACUGUACAAUACGGCUUCUGCUACUCGCCACCGUGAGGAGUCAACGCAUGAACUGAACCAGGAGCAAAUAUAUCUGAAACCCUUACGCUAUAUUCUGUGGACAACUGUUAAACCUUCUUUUGUAUUCAACCCAAAAAAUGACCUUAGGACGUACACACACACACACACACACACACACAUAUAUAUAUAAAAUGAUAUAUAUAUAUAUGCAUCAUGCAGAAACAGAGAACCUGACGGACACCUUACUUUCUACUUACUAUUAUCUGGAUUUAGAAAUAAUCAAUUUUCUUCUUUGAGUUUUGAAACAUCCUGCCCUGUGUAUUUAUUUGUACCUCACCCGUUCACCUCCACAAGGACUGUCGGACAUUUUGGGAAAACGGACUUGGAACAAUCAGAGGGAAGAGAAGCUUCCAAGAGGAUUCACCCGAUGAAUUGCUGAUUAUUAAACAAAAAGAAAGUGCAUAUAAAUUGGAUAUUGUAUUUUUGUUGUUGUUCUAAACAGCCUGUACAUGUUUUGUAACAAAAAUACCAUAAAUAACAAGAAAAACGACUAAAA